CUCUUUUGAUCCCAACUAUUUAUAAAAAACUUCUGAUCAAUUUCGUCCAUUACGAUAUAUGAAUAAAUAGUGUUUCUCUUGUACAUUUAUAUUAUAGAGAAAAGUUAUGCAUUUUCGACCAUUCAGAUAAAAGUUCCCGUCUUUCAAACAAAUUCAUAUUUGUGCAUUAUGGCACGCCAAUUGGUUGUCCUUGCCCUUGUUUUCAUCGCCAUUGUCGGCCUCGCCAACGCAGCCGAGACGCCAAAAGCAGCACCACCACCAAAGGGUGCUGGUGGCAAGGCCGCAACACCAUCACCAGCCGCAAGCCCCGACUCAGGUAAAGCUCCAUCUUCAGCCGAUAGUUCCUCCCCUAACGCUGCACCGUCCCCUGGUUCCUCAAGUGGUGAUGGGUCAUCGCCUAGCCCAUCUGCUGAUGAUUCAGCUGCUAGCCCGCCUGACCCAGAUUCCUCUGAAGCUCCCGAAUCAGCUGAGUCACCAGAUUCUGACUCUGAGGCACCUGCGUCUGAAGAAGCAGACGCCGCUGAAGCACCAGAAUCUGAUGCGGCUGCAAUCUUAAAGGAGACCCUCGCAGCUGGUGCUGCUGCUUUUGCAGGACGGAAGGCAGUAUGAACAUAUAAUUUCUCUUAUCCAGUAGAAUAAAGCAAAGAAGAGCAUGGACUGUAAUUUCAUAAACGUUAAUCAUGAAUGUUGAAAUCUCAUGGCUUCAUGGGCCCACCCCAUGAUUGACGGCCCAUUAAGUCCACUUUAUGUCAAACAUUAGAAAAUAGUCAAAUACAUUCUUUUUUCUCGUUUUUAA